GGAACCCGUUUCUUUCCAAAUAAUUGAAUAUUCGUCGUUGACCAUUGGUUUCUCGAUUAUCUCGGCAUGUAAAUCGCGUUGAGUCAUCGUGCACUGUGUAUUCUGUUGUACUUUAUAUCUUUGCAUCUCAUUUAAUUAACUUGCUUUUCACGGAAUGCAUGUGAAAGUGAUUUUGUUAAACUUUUAUAUUAUUUUUGAUUUGAUUUUAUGACCAUUCACAAUUAUAUCUUUAUGUUGUCUAAAAGAAACAUGGACUGCCCAUCCAGUAUUGCAGCAGUGCAUAAAUCGUGCUUAUACUACAUGUAGCCUCUUGUGUCGGUUGCAUUGCUUUUGAUGCAUAAAAAGUAUAUUACAUUUUCAAAGGAAAUUAUUCCUAGUUUCUAAUUGGAGAGAAAUGGAUGUAAUAAGAGACGAAGACAGGCGCAGGCGCCUGAGGGUGCUGGAGGAACGUAUAAAAGAUCCAAAGAGCAUCACAAAUAUCGACUGCUUGUUGGAUACGGUUCAAGCCCUGGUGGCAGAUUGUGAUCAUCCCAGCGUAAAACGUAUGAAAAAUAUAGAAGCAUAUACGAAUAGAUAUGACUCGGUAGCUCAAGAUAUUUGUAAAAUGCGAAUGCAUACAGACGACUUUACUUUGAUAAAAGUGAUUGGUCGUGGAUCAUUCGGCGAAGUACAGUUAGUAAGACAUAAAUCUACGCAAAAAGUAUACGCUAUGAAAUUACUCAGUAAAUUUGAAAUGAUCAAACGAUCAGAUUCGGCUUUUUUCUGGGAAGAACGUGAUAUAAUGGCACAUGCGAAUUCUCAGUGGAUAGUUCAGCUUCAUUUUGCAUUUCAAGAUCAAAAAUAUCUUUACAUGGUAAUGGAUUAUAUGCCUGGCGGUGAUUUAGUGAAUUUAAUGUCAAAUUACGAUGUGCCAGAGAAAUGGGCGAAAUUUUAUUGCGCAGAAGUGGUGCUUGCGUUGGACGCGAUACAUCGCAUGGGUUUUGUUCAUAGAGAUGUAAAGCCAGACAACAUGUUGCUGGACAAGUAUGGUCAUUUGAAACUUGCAGAUUUUGGCACUUGUAUGAGGAUGGAUGUCGACGGUCUUGUACGAUCCGAUACUGCGGUAGGUACACCUGAUUACAUAUCACCCGAGGUACUUCAGUCUCAAGGUGGUGAAGGUGUAUACGGAAGAGAAUGUGAUUGGUGGUCGGUUGGUGUGUUUUUGUACGAGAUGCUCGUCGGCGAUACUCCGUUUUAUGCAGACUCACUGGUUGGGACGUACUCAAAGAUUAUGGAUCACAGAAAUUCAUUACAUUUCCCGCAAGAGGUUGACAUUUCUCAUUCUGCCAAGAAUUUGAUAUGCGGUUUUCUCACGGAUAGAACGAAACGUUUGGGUAGAAACGGCGUGGAGGAAAUAAAAAGCCACCCUUUUUUUAAAAACGAUCAAUGGACAUUUGAAAAUUUACGAGAAUGUGUGCCUCCCGUCGUGCCAGAACUCUCCGGCGAUGACGACACGAGCAAUUUUGAAGACGUCGACAAAGAGGACGGACCAGAGGAGAGUUUUCCAGUACCCAAAGCAUUCUCUGGCAACCAUUUACCAUUUAUUGGUUUUACAUACUCUGAAGAUUAUCAGUUGAUGGGUUGUAACGGCAAGGAGUCUGUAGAUGGACUGGAAAAUCAUAUCAAUAAUGGUACAAACGACGAUAUUAAAAUCUCUCAAUUAGAAAACUUGUUGGAUAAAGAAAAGAGACAAGUGGAAUCUUUGGAAUCGAGGCAGAAAGCUUUAACGACGCAAUUGGAAGCCAUGACGCGUCGGGAAACCGAGUUGCGCGAAGAAAUUGGUAGAGCGGACAAAGAGCUGACCUUACUGAGACACAAUUACAAAGAAGCGCAACGCAGGAUGGAGCAUGAAACUGAAUUGCGUAGGAAAGCAGAGUCGCUAAUCGUGGAAUUGAAAAAAAAGUACGACGAGGAGCAAACAAAAAGAGCACGCGAUGCGAGUAAUUCGCAACAAACUUCCGAACGUGUGACGAGUUUAGAGAAACAGAUUAAAGAAAUGCAGUCAAAGUUGGAAAGAGAAACGGAGACAGUAACGAGGUUACGGAAACAAACUACCGAGAUCACUGUGGCUCGCCAAGCUGCUGAACAAAUGGCAAACGAGUUGCAAAUGGAAAGAGCGAAAUUGCAAGCGCAACGAGAUAACUUGCAGCAGGAAGUGGCUACGUUGCAAGGGCAAUUGUCGAAAGAGCGUAGUUCUCGAUCGCAAGCGUCAUCGUUAACUGCCGAAUUGGAGAGCCGACUCUCUGCUCUUCACGUGGAACUCGAACACAGUCGCGAGAAAGAGGAGAAAGCGCUCGUGGAUAAUAGACAAUUGACUGAAAAAAUCUCAACAUUGGAGAAAGAAGCCGCGGGCUUAACUCUCGAGUUAAAAGCUGCACAAGCAAGGUACAAUCAAGAAGUGGUAGCUCAUCAAGAAACGGAACGUUCACGCAUACUGUCCAAAGAAGAAGCUAAUUUAGAAGUUGUUAAAGCUUUACAAGCAAAAUUAAACGAAGAAAAAAGCGGAAGGCAACGCGCUGAACUGCUCGCGCAAGAAAAAGAAAGGCAAACGUCUAUGCUCUCUGUGGAUUAUCGGCAGAUUCAACAGCGAUUACAGAAACUGGAGGGUGAACACAGACAAGAAGUUGAAAAGGUAAAAGUGCUGCAAGGUCAGGUUGAACAAGAACAGCAGAAAAGAAACGUUCUGCAGACUGACUUGGCACAGCAGUCUUCUGAAGCGGGUCGAUUACGUGCUAGGGAACAGCAAUUAGCCGGUGAAGUUGCUCAGCUGAGAGAAGCGAAACGUCAAAUAGAGGAAGAAUUACAUCACUUGAAAACUCAAAGAAACGUGGAUCAAUUGCAAACGAAAGAAUUGCAAGAACAAUUGGAGGCUGAAGCUUAUUUUUCGACACUUUAUAAAACGCAGACGCAAGAACUUCGGGAAGAACUCGACGAAAAAAUACGAUUGCAGCAAGAAUUGGAAGAAGAACGUAGCUCUUUGGUGCAUCAGUUGCAAUUGUCUCUAGCAAGAGGAGACAGCGAAGCUUUGGCAAGAUCGAUAGCCGAAGAAACUGUGGCAGAUCUCGAAAAGGAACGAACAAUGAAGGAACUGGAGUACAAAGACGGAGUAGCCAAGCAUCAUCAAGAACUGAACGCAAAGGAACAAAUUAUAAAUCGGCUUAAAGACAGUGAAAGCGAACUUAAGAAGAACGUUGAUCAGUAUCUGAAAGAGAAAGAAGACUUGAGUAAACGAUUCAAGGAACUGCAAGAUCAACUUUCUAAGGCUCAGUCUAAUAGCGAAGAGAUAGAGAAGCUCGGCAGUAAAUUAAAAACUGAGCAACUGUUGAAACAACAAGCGGUUAACAAGUUGGCAGAGAUUAUGAACAGGAAAGAUCUAUCUUCAAGCGGUAAAUCCAAGAACAAAGCUUCUGCAGCAGAUUUAAGAAAGAAGGAGAAAGAUUGCAGGCGUUUGCAACAGGAGCUUACUCAAGAGAGAGAAAAGUACGGACAAUUGGCAGCUAAGUGGCAAAAAGAUUUGCAAGAUAUACAAGCACAAUUGGUGGAGGAAAAUCAAGCGAAAUUGAGGUUACAAAUGGAACUCGAUUCGAAGGAUUCUGAAAUAGAAACUUUACAAAUGAAAAUCGCCUCGCUCAAUUCGGAAACCGCUAGCGUUUCGUCCGUAGAAAAUGACGGAGAAGAUUCCGUGUUGUCGGAACACGGAACUAUGCGACUGGAAGGUUGGUUAAACGUGCCAAACAAACAGAACAUUAAAAGGCACGGAUGGAAAAAACAAUACGUCGUCGUUUCCUCGAAGAAGAUCAUAUUUUACAAUAGCGAAAAUGAUAAAUUAAAUGCCGAUCCAGUCUUGAUAUUGGAUUUGAACAAAGUCUUCCACGUUAGAUCUGUUACUCAGGGUGAUGUCAUCCGAGCUGAUGCCAAAGAUAUUCCGAGAAUUUUCCAGUUAUUAUAUGCUGGCGAAGGCGAAGCAAGACGUCCUGGUGACGAAGGAAACACACUGCCCGGAGUGGAACUGCCACAACUCACAGACAAACCAGGCACGCAAUCGUUGAAAGGUCACGAAUUUGUGUCUAUAUCGUAUCACAUGCCAACCACUUGCGAGGUAUGCUCAAAACAAUUGUGGCACAUGUUUCGACCGCCACCUGCUCUGGAGUGCCGAAGGUGUCGUAUAAAAGUUCACAAAGAGCAUUUGGACAAAAAGGAAGAUGCCAUAGCACCGUGUAAAUUGCACUACGAUCCAAACAGUGCUCGUGAACUAUUGAUUCUGGCUGGUAGUCCCGACGAACAAAAAUACUGGGUUGCAAGACUGUCUAGACGUGUGCAAAAAUGUGGCUAUAAAGCGAACUCGCACGUCGAUGGCACGGGGCAACGUGUCUCGCCAAGAGAGUCCACGAGAUCUACCUUGAAGCCAUAUUUAUCGGUGCAACAACGAUCCGCGACCCUGCCAGCAAAUGCCAGCAUGGGCAAGUGACCUUAGCUAGUGCCGAUAACAAUCGAUUGGAACUCGUUGCUCCGACGUCCUUCUUAAUCGAUCAAUUUCAAUUUAAACGUAAAUAAAAAUCAAUCAGUUGCUCAGGCGAAUGAUCCACAUGGGAAUGUCACACGUGCAAAGACAAUUUUUUUAACGUUCCACGUUCACUUGGAAGAUGAUGAAGAGUUCACGUGUCUUCAAACUAUCCGAUCCGAAUAUACGCAAAAACACGUACAUGUUCGUUGAAGGAAUCAAACGUGCCUUUAAUCGUAUUCUGACGACGAUGGAACUCGAAUGAAAACCGAAAGAAAAUUCAAGGAACGAGGUUCACCAGGAAACGAGUUGUACGACUUUGGAGGGUCUUUAGGAGAGGAAUAAGCAAAAGUGUGUAACUGUUAUUAACACGAGAUGUGAGAUGACGAUAAUAAUAGUGUUUAUGUAAUUUGUCAGACUGCAGCGUUACGAUCGAUAUUACGUUCGACGAUUUCCGAGGUUUCCAAUUUCUCCCUUUUUUUUUUUCGUACGCGCGAGUCGAUCAACUCACACGAUUUCUCUCGUAGACGUUUACGUUGACCGCAAGACGAUAAUUCCCGUGUACAUAAAGACGAUAGGUCGUAGGAACUGUUCUUUUCAGUUGUUCGAAAAAUGAGUGAACGUUGGGAUGCCUUCGCGAAAGGAAAUUAUUGUUUGUACGAUAUACAUACAUAAAUAAUUUUCUCCGCCCCUUAUGGUGAUUAUUUAAACAUAUACUUUGAGAAUUUGAUAACAUUGUGUAUUUACUACGCCAGAUUGAUAGUAUUAUUAUUUUUAUACGCCUCGAGAUUAAAGUAUAUCGAUAUUUAAUGAUUAUUUCGUUAAGAAAAGGAAAAAAGGAAAAGAAAAAAAAAGAAAAAAAAGAAAUGGACUCGUGCGUUAGAAGAACGCGUGCUAUCCAGCUGGUUGAAGCGGCUGCCGAAGUUUCUUUUCUUUUCUUUUUUUUUUUCCAAGCACGAGAAACGCAAAUCACUUGUUUCAAGCGAAUUCUUAGAAAAUGCGUCGACGUAAACAUUUCGGAUAACGAAAGUUGAAAGUACCUUGUCUAGGAAUUAUCAACGAGAAGAGAUAGUUCAAAACUAAACGAUAAAAAUGUUUCAAAUUUUUUUAAUUAUCGUCGACAACGAUCGACAUUUUAGAAUCUUUGAAUUUUGCUUUAUUUCCUUUUGAAAUUACUUUUAUAUUUGUUUUAAAAAUCUUCUCAAUUGAUAUCUCCAGGAGGCUUUCAAGAUUCGAUCGGCGCCCUGUAUAUUUUGUAAAUUUUCUGUUUCUGUUGCCAUGUAUUCCUUAGAAUAGUGAAUGCAAAUUGCGAUCAACCAAUAAAGAUGGAUAAAGAUUGAAACUGUAAGACAUACAAGAGAGAGAGAAUUGAACUCUAGAACGAGCACAAUGGUAAAAUAUUAGGGAAUAGCGCCACGAACGAGCUUUAUUGUACGAUAGAAAUAUGAUAUUUACAAGUUGUAACAUAAGAAUUUUUUAAUACGAUGUACGAUAGAUUCGCUAUAGAUUGCCGAAAGGACGGAUAAAAUGCAACAGCGAAGAAAGCGCAGAAUUGUGCAUGUACUCGAGAGAGGCUUAAGCAACAAUGUUAUAAAAGACGAUGAUGCUGCGUGAGGGGACAUUUGUAUGAGAAAACAGCAACGGGCAUCAAGAUGAAGAGAAAAAGGAAAAAAAAUGUGUUAUGAGAGCUAAUGAAAAUUAUUAUUAUUAUCA